ACUGACAACCCCCAGCUGCGUCCGCCGCUGCUGUGACUGUCCUGCCUGGCUGCCCGGUGUCUGCUACGCUGCUCCCCGCUCUGCCCUGCUCCUUCCCUGGAUCCAAAGCCCGCCUCGGCUACCGAACUCCCAGUGAAUGCACUAGUCAGCAACCAUGACAGGCAUCGCCGCCGCGUCUUUCUUCUCCAACUCCUGCAGGUUCGGGGGUUGUGGGCUCCAGUUCGAGUCUCUGGCCGAGCUCAUCGUCCAUAUCGAGGACAAUCACAUCGACACAGAUCCCCGUGUUCUGGAGAAACAGGAGCAACAACAGCCCACCUACCUGGCCCUGAGCUACAUCAACAGAUUCAUGACGGAUGCGGCGCGUCGGGAGCAGGAAACCUUGAAGAAGCGGGCCACGCCCAAACUUUCCCUGUCAAUCACAGGGGGUGUGUCUCGAAACAGCGUGGCCACGCCUCCACGCCACAGCAACGGCAACCUGACUCCUCCCGUGACUCCACCUAUCACACCCUCCUCCUCCUUCCGUAGCAGCACACCCACAGGCAGUGAGUAUGAUGAUGAGGAGGUGGACUAUGAGGAGUCAGACAGUGAUGAGUCCUGGACCACAGAGAGUGCCAUCAGCUCGGAGUCUAUCCUCAGCUCCAUGUGUAUGAAUGGAGGGGAGGAGAAACCCUUCGCCUGCCCUGUGCCUGGCUGCAAGAAGAGAUACAAGAAUGUGAACGGUAUUAAAUACCAUGCCAAGAACGGCCACCGGACACAGAUCCGUGUGCGGAAGCCCUUCAAGUGCCGCUGUGGGAAGAGCUACAAGACGUCCCAGGGCCUGAGACACCACACCAUCAACUUCCACCCGCCCGUCUCCGCCGACAUCAUCCGCAAGAUGCAGGGCUAGAGACGAUCGUCGUGACAACCCCUGGUCACCCCCCACCAUGUAUACCCCCCCCAAACAUUACCCUAUUCCUCACCAGCACUACCCACCCAACGCAACCACCCCAAACCUUUUCAAUCGUCAAUAUCCACCUCCCCUCUCCCAACCACCCAAAACAUACCCCUAUUCCUUCAGGCCCAACAUAGGGGUGACAACUAAAACCCCUAUCCCUUCUGGCCCAAUCUUAGGGGUGACAACCCAAACCCCUAUCCCUUCUGGUCCAACAUAGGGGUGACAACCCAAACCCCUAUCCCUUCUGGUCCAACAUAGGGGUGACAACCCAAACCCCUAUCCCUUCUGGCCCAACAUAGGGGUGACAACCCAAACCCCUAUCCCUUCUGGUCCAACAUAGGGGUGACAAUCCAAACCCCUAUCCCUUCUGGCCUAGUCUUAGGGGUGACAACCCAAACCCCUAUCCCUUCUGGCCCAAUUUUAGGGGUGACAACCCAAACCCCUAUUCCUUCAGGCCCAACAUAGGGGUGACAACCCAAACCCCUAUCCCUUCUGGUCCAAUCUUAGGGGUGACAACCCAAACCCCUAUCCCUUCUGGUCCAAUCUUAGGGGUGACAACCCAAACCCCUAUCCCUUCUGGUCCAAUCUUAGGGGUGACAACCCAAACCCCUAUCCCUUCUAGCCCAAUCUUAGGGGUGACAACCCAAACCCCUAUCCCUUCUGGUCCAAUCUUAGGGGUGACAACCCAAACCCCUAUCCCUUCUGGCCCAAUCUUAGGGGUGACAACCCAAACCCCUAUCCCUUCUGGUCCAAUCUUAGGGGUGACAACCCAAACCCCUAUCCCUUCUGGUCCAAUCUUAGGGGUGACAACCCAAACCCCUAUCCCUUCUGGCCCAAUCUUAGGGGUGACAACCCAAACCCCUAUCCCUUCUGGCCCAAUCUUAGGGGUGACAACCCAAACCCCUAUCCCUUCUGGUCCAACAUAGGGGUGACAACCCAAACCCCUAUCCCUUCUGGCCUGGUCUUAGGGGUGACAACCCAAACCCCUAUCCCUUCUGGUCCAACAUAGGGGUGACAACCCAAACCCCUAUCCCUUCCUGCCACACACUAAAGGAUCUAGUGCAUGCUUUAAGUUGUUUAGACUUUGUCUUGUAUUAUGUUGUAUGGUUUUGACAUGCUAUCUCUUAUUUUAUGAAUGAUAUGUAUCUUUAUAGGCUUAGUUUUGUUGUUGUACAUUUGCACAUUCUUAUGCUAUCACAACAAUUGUCCUUACUUUUUGUAUUGACAUAAGGUGCUAACUGUAAAAAAAAGGAGGGGAGUAAUGUGAGAGAGGGAUGAGGGCAAGAGGAGGAAGGAGUGGAUGGAUGGAGUUGUGUUUAACAGUCUAUAUAUAGAUAUAUAAACAAUAGACGUGUGUGUAUAUACAAAUAUAUAUAAGUAUUCAUAACCAUAUACAAAAUAGUUGCUUUAUUUUAUACUUUAUUUUUCAAUAUAUUUUCCAGAUAUUUUCUUUUGAUAUUUUAUCGAUGAGUAUGUGUUUCAUUCCUCAACCCCCUGAGACAACCUAUUCUGUGGUGUCAUAGUUCAAAGUUGAAACGGCUAGGUGACCUCAGGUCUAGAUAUUCCCAGCAGCAAAAAACAAACUGACUAUGACUUGAAUCCUAACUUGAGAUCUGUGUCCAAAAUCUAUUUCAGUUUCUUCUAUUGCUAUUUAAUGCACGAUUUGCGCUAAAGUUACAUGCAGAUUUCAUGUUAACAUUUGGCCCAUAUAGAGAAACAGGGAAAGUAUUGAAUCCCUUCAUUCCCACUGUUCUAGAAGAGUUAUAGGACUGAUCCCGGAAUGGAUUGUCCAUCCUGUAUUCUAGAAGGUUAUUCCAGACUAGUGUGAGCAGACCAGUUGAGGCAUCAUACUGUAUUCUAGAAGGUUAUUCCAGACUAGUGUGAGCAGACUAGUUGAGGCAUCAUACUGUAUUCUAGAAGGUUAUUUUAGACUGUAGUGUGAGCAGACUAGUUGAAGCCUCAUGCUCUAUUCCAUUUGCCAAGUAUUGUUUCUGGUUUCUUUUCCAUGAUCAUUGCCAACAGCUCUCUACUGCCAAACAUUGACAUUACCAUGUGCCUGAGGGGGGAGAGAGACUGUCAUAAGGUUUCAUCUUAGAGGCGUGCAAAAGUGUCAAGGGAAUACUGUCUCAUUGCGCCUCAAGUGUGACUGUGUGUGCAUGCUUUUGUCUUAAAGGGCGCGUGUGUGUGUGUGUGUCGAGAGAUUACACCUACAACCUUUGAUUGCCUUGUGUUGUAGACCACAGCAUUCCAGUAGUCAGUGUGAGUUGCUUCUUAGGAGUCUUUCUGCAGUAUCUGAGCUUCUAGUGUUAUUCUUCUUUCUCUGUUAGUCCUCUAUAGUGUUACAAUUUAUGGCUGUGGCUCAAAUGUCACAGAACCAUGUGUUACAGUGCCAGGUCACUGUGCGAGUCCCAAAUUGCACCCUAUUCCUAUGGGCCCUAGUCAAAAUUAGUGCACUAUAUAGGUAAUUGAGUGCCAUUUGGGUCGUAGAUAGUGUCAUACCAAGGCCUUGCCCAGUGCCCCUGUAGAGCAGGAGAGUACAGCAGAGUGGUGGAAUGUCAGUGGUGCCAUUUUGUCAAAACAUUUCUAACCUGUCAUUCAGUUCUGUGAUGGUCCCCCACCACACACACAACCCCACUUUACAUGGGUGUGGCGUUAAGGUCAGGGCCCGUAUUCACAAAGCAUUUGAGUUGGAGUGCUGAUCAAAUUUUCCUUUUAAAAUGGUAGGAGGGGGGACCUGAUCCUAGAACAGUACUCCUACUCUGAGAUGCGUUGAACACAGGCCCAGGAUACAAGACAGAAAGAAAAUGGCAGUGAAAGAGGAAGGUAGCAUCGUUGGGGUGGUGUACAGAACUUGUUCCGGACUCUGUGCCGGGGUUAACGUAGCAGCUUUCUGGCAAGGGAUCAGAGACUGAGUUAGGAGACCCCUCCACACGGAGACGCAGGUCGCCAUGGUUACAGUUUAAAUACACUUUAACAGGGCGACUAACAGUAUUAGAGUGGGGAUGGGAGGAUUACAUUAGUCGUGUGUGUGUGAGGGGGACUAUUUCGAUAUACUGUGUACAGUGAAUGUAUUGUAAUGUGUGUCUUAAGUGCUUUUAAAUUAUAUUUUCAUAUGUUUCCUAUUUGUGCAGAGGUUAUGAGUAGGGAGACCUGUGUACAACUAUCUUUAUAUACAAGAAGCUGCUUCAUAAAUGUAAAACGACAUUACAUAAAAAGAAAAACAUUAAAAAACUCUGGAGCCCAGAA